AUGGAAAAGAGACAUUUGGAGAGAAGUGAAGAGGUGACUGGAUCCACGAGGGAUGAAACGCCAAGUUCAAGUGGUCAAACGUCGAGUAAAACAUGCGGAUUUGAUGACGUCAUCAUGAAAGUAGCAAACGCUAUAUCAGAAGAUGUUGAUUUAAGGAGACUUGGUCUUGAGCUGGGAGUCCAGACUCCUGAUAUCAACCGGGCAUUGCAGACAAAUUGGGCUGGAGGUAAACAUGGCGAGAUGCCUGACCAUGUACAACGAUUAAGAACGAAGUUGAGGGCUAGAUAUAUCGAGGAAUUUAGCGAGGUCAAAGUAUCUCCUAUGGACCCCGAAUCACGCACAUGGCUGCAGCAUAUCUUCGUCAGUCUCAUCUUAAUGUUAGGAUGUAUUGGCGAUCAGGAACAACCAAUUGAAUACGAGAAUCUGUUCAGUUUCAUUCAAACAAAAACUAAGAAAGGAUUCAUAACACGGGUAGCCUUCCUUGGAGAAGCUGGUGUGGGCAAAUCGACAUUGUUUGCAAAAAUAGCCCUCGAUUGGGCGAUGGGUAAAUGUCUCCAAGAUAUCACUGUUCUAUUUCACGAAUCAUUUCGAGACAUAGAAGAUAGUCCCUUCUUUGGUAAUAUCGUUAUGAAUCAUUUCCCAGAUGACACAGAGAUUAUAGGGGAAUGGAUUGAUAAAUACAUCAAGGAGAAUCAAAGGAAAGUUCUGAUCUUACUGGACGGAAUGGACGAGGCUAAAAUGGACAUAAAAAAUCCAAACCGUAAGCUUGCUAUCGUCUCGAUCGUAAGAAGGGAGAGCUUCAUCGACACAUCCGUUCUCAUUAGUACACGUCCUUUUGGAGCUGAUCAAAUCAAGAGCAUUCAGAAAAUCCAUGAAAAGUACUGCUAUAUACAGGUCAAGGGUUUUACGAAAGAAAACAGAAAUAAAUACAUCAAACAGUAUUUCAACAAUGACAGAGCUUCUGCAUCCAGUCUCAUCCACUUCAUGAACACUAACAGUGUAGUUUCUGAGUAUAUGGCACCAUUCCCAAUCUUUUGCUGUAUGCUUUGUUACAUGUGGAAAGUCGGAUCUAAGCGCGAAACAACUGAGAAUCUACAAGCAGUCUCCCAACUAAUGAAAGAGAUGGAUUUUGCUCUUCGGGAGCAAUAUUCUUCAAGAUACACUGACAAUGAGGAAGGGUAUCAAUGCCAUAUGGAGAAAGCUGCUGAAGCCAUUGUAAAGGUUGGUUGUGUGGCCUUCGAGGGGUUGCUGAAAAAUCAGUUCAUCUUCACCAAAGAUGAAAUGAAAGCCUGCGAUGGGUUUGCAGCAAUAGCAUGUCAUGUUGGGAUUCUGAGUGGGGAAAAGAGGUUGGCCUCAAGAAAAAUCAGACAACGAGAUAGAAAGCAAUUUAUCCAAGAAUUCUCUUUCCCUCACAAGCUUCUGCAGGAACACUCCGCAAGCCUCUACAUUGCAUCGCUGUAUAACCACAGUCGUUCGGAAUUCAACAGAAUCCUGACACACAAGCUGAUAAAGGACUACAGGGCGUUCAAAUACGUCUUGUACUUCACUGCAGCUCAUGGAGGUGAAGUAGGAAAGUCGGUACUGGAAGCUCUGUGCAAGAAAGUUGAUGACAUGGAAUUCAUCAUUCGGGCUGCUUUUGAAUGUCAUGAUUCAGAAGCCAUUGAUCCCUUCAGGAAUCUUUUGAAGACGAAGGCACAUCUUGUAUUAUUUCGUCAUAUUCCAUUCACCACACUUGCAUUCACACUGGAGACAAUGGGGAAAGAAGUAGUAAGAAGAAGUUCCUCGAUUCGUGAAUCAUUGGGUGUUAGCAGGUCCUUGGAAGCUAACGCAUCAUCGUCACAUGAAGCAGCAGUAGGUCUCUUCACAUUACAGGACUUACGACACUUGGACAUUAUGUUGCGGUGUCUGGAUGAUGAAUUCUACACAGGAAUGUCUGCUGCAGCUUCACAGUCCAAGAUUGAAGAGCUAACGCACGAGUACGCGAAUCUAGGUUCUGUUGCAUCCUCUCAUUAUGCGAGAGGUCUCUGCUUAAUGCCUAAUCUUCGAUCACUGAAGCUACGCAAUGCGGAGCUCAGUGAUGAGUUCUACUCAACGAUGGCCUGUGAGGCAUCAAACUCAAAGAUUGAGGAGCUCAAUCAAUUCAACGCAGAUCUGGGUUCUGCUGCAUCCUCUCAUUACGCGAGAGGUCUCUGCUCCAUGCCAAAUCUUCGAUCACUGAUGCUAACCAAGAUGAUGCUAAGUGAUAAGUUCUACUUAACGAUGGCCUCUGAGUCAUCAAAAUCAAAGAUUGAGAAGCUAACGCUCGGGUACAUGGAUCUGGGUUCUGCUCCGACAGGCCUCUGCUUCAUGCCUACUCUUCGAUCACUGGGUCUGACCAGUGUAAAGCUGAGUGAUGAGUUCUACUCGACGAUGGCCUCAGAGAUUGAGAAGCUAACGCACGGGUACGCGGAUCUAGGUUCUGUUGCAUCCUCUCAUUACGCGAGAGGUCUCUGCUUCAUGCCUAAUCUUCGAUCACUGAAGCUGUACGAUACUCGUCAAACAUCCUCAGUAGAUGAGCUGUCUGUGGGGAAUAAGCAUGUGACCAGUCUGUGGUCUCUAGGACUUCAUACAUCAUGUCCCCGAAUAAAAACUCUCAAACUGGACUGCUCAAGACGGGAGAAUGUCUCAUCAGUUAUCGUCGAAAUGGCCUGCUCUCCAUUCCAUCAUCUAACUCACCUUCACAUCGAGGGAGAUCUGCCUUAUCCAUCAUUUCCUGCUGUAGAAGUAACUACACUGGAUGAUCCUUUGUCGUUCUGCAAGGCGGUUAAUACAUCCUGUCCUCUGCUCACCAAGUUGUCCAUUACCCGCAUUGGCCUGGGCAACGAGAAGACAGCCGAGAUCAUCCUACUCAUGAAGGCUCAUCCGAACCUGACAAGCAUAGAGUGA